CACCGCACUUCCGUUGCUCAUGACGCCGGAGCGAAGUUGUGACAGCUGAUUUUUCUGUGAGGGUAAAUCCACUCACAGUCCUCAAAUCCCCUGCGUGGAGAGGACUCAGGAGUCGGCUGUGCCUGCAACAGUCUACGGCUGGAGUUGCAGACGGCGGCUUGAACAGCAGAGGAGGCUGCCUGGUUGAUUAUGGUGUAGCACGGAGCGCUAGCUUUGAGACAGCAGGCAUCUAAGCAGUGGUGUGGUGCAGUGCAGCAGCGUGGGGCAGACCGAGGCAGGUCACAGCACCAGAGCUAUGCUUACAUUGGCCAGCAAACUGAAGAGGGAUGAUGGAGGAAGGACUGGCCGGGCCUCAGGAGCCUCCGACUCCACCCACAGAGUCUCCAUCAGGGACCGCCUCCUUACCAAAGAAGUUGCAGAACUUGAAACCAAUCUCCCCAGUUCCUGUCCAGGUACGUGCAAAGCCAGUUUCCCAGAUGAGGACAAGCUGCAUCAUUUUCAGCUGGCAGUGUCUCCUGAUGAGGGUUACUACCAAAGUGGAAGGUUUCAGUUUGAAAUAGAUGUUCCCGAAGCCUAUAACAUGGUGCCUCCUAAAGUGCGAUGUCUGACCAGAAUAUGGCAUCCUAACAUCACGGAGAAUGGAGAGAUUUGUUUGAGCUUACUACGGGAACACUCGAUUGAUGGCACAGGCUGGGCCCCCACUAGAACAUUAAAGGAUGUGGUCUGGGGACUGAACUCCUUAUUUACUGAUCUGUUAAACUUCGAUGACCCACUGAACAUCGAUGCAGCAGAGCAUCAUCUGAGGGACAAGGAGGAUUUCCGGAAUAAGGUUCAAGAUUACAUCAAGCAUUAUGCCAGAUGAUAGAACCAGCUUACAUCAGCCCGCACCAAUCAACCAAACUACUCUACCUUGCCUCCGCUUAUCAUGGCCAACUCCCUGAUGUGUGUGAAUCAACAGCUGACUCUGACUCUCUCACCUCUUCCUCUUGACAACGUAGCUCUGACUACGUGACUGCACCCCUUCUCUGUUCAUCCACUUGCAAUAAACUCCAUCUUACAGGAAGAAAGUUUAAAAAAAAAACAAAAAACAUGUGUACAUUGAAGAAAGGACUUGCCUAUAAAAGAAUAUAUGCUUUAAUAAUGCUAUAGUGUGAGUGUUACAAUGACCACAAUGUCUGUUUAUCUUGGCAAGAUCACUGGAUGUGGCCGCCUCUCGGAGGUUUCCCUGAGCCAAUGGAGAACGAAUGAUGGCAACUGUUUGAUGUGAUGACCCAUAUGUGUGCAAACACACACACACACAUACACACAAAACCACAUACUUUUAGCUGUUUUUAAAAUUAGAAGAAUCGUGAGAAAGAAUAUGUGACUCUUAACCAAUAUUCAGUGCCUGCCAUGUUUGUGUUGCUCAAGAGAAAAUGCAUGUGAGUUUGCAGGCAUAACACACACACACACACACACACAGUGUUGCAUCCUGUGGUAAGAUGUGAAUGCGUGUACACCCAUUUCUUUUCAUUCAUCAUACAUUUAAUUUUGAAAAUCCACACACUCUUCCCCUCACUCGACAGCAUGCGAAUGGACAAAUUUUGUGUGUCCAACAAGGUUUACUCAUACUUUUAGUAUGUACUCAUACUAGUUUCGAAUUAACGGUCCUAUUUUGUUUAAUUUUGCUAUCGCUAUAUAGCCAAUGUUGGCACCAGCUGUUUUGAGUUCAGCAUCACGUUUGCUUCACGGACGUCGGCUCCUGUUUUGUUUGUACAGUAUUUAUCUAACUUGUUUUACUCCCUUUAUGCUGAAGUGAGUCUUCUUGGCACAACCUGUCUGAAAGUGACAAGAGGGGCUGUUUCUGGCACUGUAGCAUCCUUUCUGCCCCGAAGUAAUGAUGCUUAGAGGGCGUAUUAUAACCUUUUGUCUUAUAAAAACACAACAAUUGUUGAGGCUCUUGGCAAGCAACCGUCACCACCACCCACUGCUGGCAAGUUAACGCAUCAGACAGCAGAGAAAGCUUACAGAAAGUAAAAUAAAGUUAAAAAUAAGUUGUGCAUGGGGGAAAGGCAACUCAAUCACUAUGUGUAUAAUAACAAUGAUUAAAAUGACAAUGAGGAAGUGAACAGCGUGACACUGAACAAACUGAUAAAGAAUUAUCAGCCGAUCACCUUGUCGCUCUCAAAAACAGACCACGGUGCAUAAAAAAUGUCUAUUUUCACCAUCCGUGUCUUAAAACUUGGGGGUUAUUUAAUUUAAGGGCAUAUAAGUAAUGCAACAGUACUGAUGCCAGCUGACUACCAACUAAGAACUUACUUAAGUACCAUGUUGUUCACUGAACACCCCUUAAACAGAAAGUCGGUCACUGAUACAUGUCAAUCUCAUGUUUCUCUGUAUUGUAAUAAUGAUAAAAAAUGUAGUUCUUUCAUUUUUACAAAACACAAGAUGGAUGCCAAAUUCAAAAAGACCGACUUCCUGUUGAGUUGAGGUUAUGGUCCCGAUUUUGUUCGUCUUGGGCUGUUGCAUGUUCCCACCAAUGUUUUGUGACUUUCUGUUGGCCUGCUUUGUCCGUUGCUAAUUUGCAUGCCGAUUUCCGUCCGUUUGCACCUACGUUUAGGACUAAGAACAACAGUCCCUCGCACCACUGCAUGAGUGCUCGAGCCCUAACUAACAUUUUCGUGAACCCAGCAGGGGGUUGUAGCAGUUCUCAGUGUCCAGAUACCAUGGCAGCUUAGCGUACAGUCGGUAAAGCUCUUCGUUUUGUUUGUUGUUGCUGAUGCUGGAAUAGCAAUCUUUCCCCCAAAGGUAUGAGUAUGUGCAGCUGCUUAGUAACAAGCCAAUAGCAGCACCCUCUCUCUCUCUCUCUCUCUCUCUGAACUGCCCUGUGAUUGGUCAGUGUCAUGAGCCACAUUUGCCCACAGUUGUAAUAGUAGCCCAGACGAGUUACACACACACAAUGAUGCCAAAAUGUCUUGCCUACCGCGACUUUAACUUGCACUGCUUUCUUGACUGGAGUGAACAUUGGGGUUGUGUCAGGGCUGUGAGGCUACUCCGUUAAAAACAAAGUGUUUCAUUGUGGAUUCUUGGCCAUUCAGUGCAGUGUGUGUGUGUGUGUGUGUGCAGAAUGAUCAGUAUGUACUUAUGGAGCGGGUGAGUGUGAGCGUUACCAUGUUGAAACCAUGUGACUUGUCAGCAUGCCCUGGUCUCUCCCACCCCUGCCCCUUCUCUCCUCACGUUAUACUUGCCCCAAGUUUAACAGCUCACAUGUUUUUUGUUUUCCUCAUGAAAGUAAACAGAUAAACAGACAACACUGGCCUUUGUCAAAAUGAAAGGACCUGAGAGAAUGAUAAAGUCUGUUGCAGGCAGACGUGAACAUGGCCGUUCCAUGGUGUUUUUUUGUUUUACUGCAUGUUUUCGGUCCAUUCAAACCCUGAAGGCUAAUCCUGUUGCCUAUUAAUUUGAAGCCAUCCACUUUAAUGGCAGUGACAGCUAAUUGCCUCUAGGGUACGGUAGCCCAACACGAUGUACUUUGUCAUAGCCUUACUAAUACUCUGACUUUAGCUUCUCAUUGGACACCUACUGUAUGUCCUUUAGUUUGGCUGUCAGCAGUGUUAUAUUCUUCCCAGGAUGUAACUGGGAAAUAUCUUGUGUUCGGGUUAGCUCUUGUCUUCAAGCCAGGGGAGAAGAUUAACAAGUUGGUCUUCAAAUCUCCUCAGUCUUUUUCUUUCUCAGAUUGUAUAUCCAUUUUUCUAAGAUAUAUUAAAAGAGAAAUAUCACAAAA